UCCUGGAUAGGGAAAACAACGUGACAUUAUUCAGCGAUGGGGCAUACGAGCUUGGAAAAAAUAAUUCAGUUGCAGAAGAGAACUGCCAACAUUAGAAAUAUCUGUAUCUUAGCUCACGUAGACCAUGGCAAAACGACUUUGGCAGAUUGCUUGGUUGCCAGCAACGGCAUCAUAUCCAGUCGUUUGGCAGGGAAGUUAAGAUACAUGGACAGCAGAGAAGAUGAACAGAUCAGAGGAAUAACGAUGAAGUCCAGUGCCAUCUCAUUACAUUAUGCAUCAGGUGAUAAAGAAUACCUGAUCAACUUGAUUGACUCUCCGGGUCAUGUGGACUUCUCGUCAGAGGUGUCCACUGCAGUUAGGCUCUGUGAUGGAGCCAUUGUAGUGGUGGAUGCUGUGGAGGGUGUCUGUCCUCAGACCCAAGUAGUUCUACGACAGGCUUGGCUGGAAAACAUCCGACCAGUUCUUGUCAUCAACAAAAUUGAUAGGCUUAUCGUGGAGCUGAAGCUCACGUCACUAGAAGCGUACACACAUCUGAAGAACAUCUUGGAACAGGUAAAUGCUGUGACGGGUUCCCUCUUCACCUCCAAAGUGCUGGAGGAUCGAGCGGAGAAGGAGGCCCAGAAGCAGGCUCCCAUCGACAGCAGUGAUGGAGGAGGAGGUGGCGGCGGAGGUGGUGGUGGAGGGGAGCAGGUGUACGACUGGAGUGCGGGCCUGGAGGAGACGGAUGACUCGCACCUCUACUUCUCCCCCGACCAGGGCAAUGUGGUGUUCGCCAGUGCCAUCGAUGGAUGGGGCUUUUGCAUUCAGCAGUUUGCCCAGAUCUACAGUCAAAAGAUGGGGAUCCGCUCCGACGUCCUGCUGAAGACACUGUGGGGGGAUUACUACCUGAACCUCAAAGCCAAGAGGAUCAUGAAAGGAGCUCAGUUCAAAGGGAAAAAGCCUCUCUUCGUACAGCUUGUCCUUGACAACAUCUGGAGUCUGUACGACGCUGUCGUCACGAGAAGGGACAAGGAGAAGGUGGAGAAGAUGGUGGCCUCUCUGGGGGUGAAGGUGGCCACCAGGGACCUGCGGCACUCGGACCCCAAAGUGCUCCUCAGCGCCAUCUGCAGUCAGUGGCUGCCUCUGUCACAGGCGGUGCUCUCUAUGGUGUGUGAGAAGCUGCCUAGUCCCCUGGACAUGGCUGCAGAGCGGGUAGAGAAGCUGAUGAGCGUGGGAGCACGACGCUUCGAAUCCCUCCCAGAGCAGACCCAGGAGCUGAAGAGAGCUUUCCUGGAGUGCUCGAAUGAAGACACAGCCCCAGUGAUUGUGUUUGUAUCCAAGAUGUUUGCUGUGGAUUCGAAGGUGCUGCCACAAAACAAGCAGAGGCCGUUGACUCAGGAGGAGAUAGCUGAGCGGCGAGAGCUAGCCAGACAGAGGCACGCUGAGAGGCAGUCGACCAAUCAGAACGCGGAGAGCGGCGAGUCGGCCCACGCUGCCACAGCGCGCACAGACAGCAGCACAGGCAAUCCCACCACCAACACCACCUCCCCAAUCACCGCCUCCUCCUCCACCACCACCACCUCCGCAGAGGAGGAGGAGAACAAGGAGCACUUUGUGGCCUUCGCCAGGGUCUACAGUGGGGUGGUGAGGAGGGGUCAGCCAGUGCUGGUUCUCGGACCCAAAUACGACCCCAUGCAGGCACUCAGGACGCUCCCAGAGGGUUGUUCGGCGGGGGACGAUGCCUUCCCCAGCGUGCCCCACCUGGGCUGCACGCGGCUGGACAGCCUCUACCUCCUCAUGGGCCGCGAGCUGGAGGACCUGGAAGAGGUGCCCUCAGGCAACGUGCUCGGUAUUGGAGGUAUGGAGGAGUUUAUCCUGAAGUCUGCCACCAUCUCCUCCACCCCAGCGUGUCCUCCUUUCACCCCACUCAACUUUGAGGCCACCCCCAUCGUCCGAGUGGCCAUUGAGCCCAAGCAUCCCAGUGAGAUGCCAAAGCUGGUGCGUGGUAUGAAGCUGUUGAACCAGGCCGACCCGUGUGCUCAGGUCCUGAUCCAGGAGACUGGAGAGCAUGUGCUGGUCACCGCGGGAGAGGUCCAUCUGCAGCGCUGUCUGGAUGACCUCAAGGAAAGGUUUGCCAAGAUUGAAAUUAGUGCCUCCAAGCCUAUCAUUCCAUUCCGGGAGACCGUGAUCCGACCACCGAAAGUGGACAUGGUGAACGAGGAGAUGGGCAAGCAGCAGAAAGUGGCAGUCAUCCACCAGGUGAAAGAGGAGCAGGCCAAGGCUCCCGAAGGCGUCCAGGUGGACUCAACUGGCCUGGUCACGCUCACCACCCCAAACAAGAUGGCCACCAUCGGGGUGCGGGCUGUCCCGCUUCCUGAUGAUACCACGCAACUCCUGGAGGACAACGGCGAGCUCAUCCGGACCAUGGAGCAGUUCAACCUGUCACUGAAGGAGGGUAAGACCCUGGAGAUCAACCAGAAGACCCUGGAGUCCAUCCGGGAGCUGCGCGAGAAGCUGGAGGGCCUGCUGAAGGGACACAAGUGGCGGGACGCCGUCAACCGCAUCUGGUCCUUUGGACCGCGACGCUGCGGCCCCAACAUCCUGCUGAACAGCAUGGAGGGCUACCAGAGGCCCUCUGUGUGGCAGUGCCUGGAGGCCGACCGGCAUCAGUCGACAUCAGCCACCGCCAGCCCUGCCGCUGCCCUCAGGGACUACGACAACAGCAUCGUUAGUGGCUUUCAGCUGGCCACCCUGUCGGGCCCCAUGUGCGAGGAGCCGCUGAUGGGGGUGUGCUUCGUGGUGGAGAGGUGGGACAUGAAGGCCCCCUCACGGCUGGACUCUGUUGACGAGAAAGAGGAGCUGGAGGCAAAAAACGAAGAGGAGGAGGAAGUGGGUAGUAGUGCUUCUUCCCGGCAGCUUUCACCCCCCACCAAUGAACCCAAUGGUGAGUCGCCUGGGGAAGCUGUGGACAGGGAGGGAGAUCCGCGGGGGGUGUCUGAGCCACAACCAGACGCCACUUUGUCUACAUCGUCCUCACUGUCAGGCGCCAGCCACAACAGACGGCGGGCGGAUGCAGCGGCGUCGGCGUCAGACUGCUACGGGCCGGUGUCGGGCCAGCUGAUCGCCGCCAUGAAGGAGGCCUGUCGCUACGCUUUCCAGGCCCGACCCCAGCGCCUCAUGGCCGCCAUGUACACCUGUGACAUCAUGGCCACUGCAGAGGUCCUCGGUCGUGUGUACGGGGUGCUGUCUAAGCGCGAGGGCCGCGUGCUGAGCGAGGAGAUGAAGGAGGGCACGGAGAUGUUCAUCAUCAACGCCGUGCUGCCCGUGGCCGAGAGCUUCGGGUUCGCCGACGAGAUCCGCAAACGCACCAGCGGCCUCGCCAGCCCUCAGCUAAUGUUUAGCCACUGGGAGGUGAUCGGCAGCGACCCGUUCUGGGUGCCCACUACGGAGGAGGAGUACCUGCACUUUGGGGAGAAGGCCGACUCGGCCAACCAGGCGCUCAAGUACAUGAACGCCGUGCGGCGCCGCAAGGGGCUCUACGUGGAGGAGAAGAUCGUGGAGCACGCCGAGAAGCAGAGGACUCUCAGCAAGAACAAAUGAUGGACACACGGACGGACACACACACACACACACACACAGACACUAUCUCCUGUUUUGCGCUGCCUUCAGUGGACUGCAACUUUCAUCGUCUUUCACUUUCCACUCAGCUCAGAACAGAUAAUGGACACAAAACAAAAAAACAUGCACACGCACACAUCUGCCUUCCAUUUUGUCACAUCACAGACAAACACACAAACACAGAGAAGUUCAGACACACACAGGCACACACACGUUUACCUCCUCAGUUUUCCUCUGCAACUUUCAUCUUCCGCCUUUCACUCAGCAAGAACAGAUGAUGGACACAAACACACACACACACACACACACACACACACACACUUUCCCACGUUGUCCUGCCCCUGUAUGCCCUCAGUGGCCCCGCCGCUUUCAUGCUCUUUUACCCUCCACCUUUCAGGUGCAAACGCUUCGUCUUCCACGUCAGGAGAGAUUUCUCUCCCGCAUCUUUUCUCCUCUUAAAUCAUUCAAAGGUAUUUAUUUAAGAGCAGCAUCAGGGUAAUACUUGAAAAAAAUCCAUCAAGGUAUUUUAUUUGUUUUACUGUCAUGGCUUAGCUAGCAGGUGGGAGGUAAUGGGAAACUGGGCUUAUUCCACCAUAGCCCUCAGAGGAAGUGGAGGAGG